GAAAUUCUCAUGGUUCGCCCUACUAUCCCUACGCGGCUAUCCGAGGAUUAUUCGCUGGCUUGGCUUAACCCCGUUACCCUUGCAAUUGCAACCCUGCUUCCAGUGGUCUUAAAGCUCCGUAGUGCAAUGAGAGCCAUGGUGCAGGCGUCUCAGUCACAUAUAGAGGGCGUUUGCAUGAAAAUUGACAUGACAGCAAAUCAUAUGAUGGCCACUCCGCUUAUUCUCAAGCAGCAGACUAUCCGCUUCGCUGAAACAUCCAUGGAAAAUACGCGCCGAAAUCUCGUACUUGCGGUCGAUAUCCUUGAAUCCAGUGUCGUUUUUCUGGUUGGACUGUACAAAUCCACAUACCAAUGUCUUUUGGAAUUCGCUGUAAAAGGCGUGCUUUCUGCGGCUACCCACAUCGUGAAACCAUUGCAACAAGCGGCCGACGUACUUGCUCAUGGUGUGGAUAACAUCGGAAACCAUUUAAGGCAACUUUUGGGCGAUUUCUCGGUCCAGGGUACUAACGCGGGCGAUAUCAUUCUAUCCAACUGGACGUCUGCCAUGGAAAAUAUUCAGCUGAAGACCAGUAACUGGACAACCACCGACCCCUUGAAUCAUAUCAUGGACAUCCCCUUUCGGUCUCUCAAAGAUGGUAUCAACGAAGUAUCCCAGAAGUGGGUUCCGCCACCGUACCCUUCCGCUCCAGUACCUCACAUGUCCAAGUAUUGCGAUGCCACUGCCAUGAUCCGAAUACUAGACGACGCUCAGAAACACUUGGAUACUUACUUUUAUGUCGCGAUCGGAAUUCUGAUGGGAUUGCUUCUAUUUGGAACUAUGCUCAACUUAAUGUUGAUUCGAUCAAGGCAUCGCUUUAUCAGUCUUGUACGUCGACAGAUGAUGAAUAAUGCUAUCUAUCCAUCAGGUCACACGGAGCGCCAAUGGCUUGUUUAUGACCAUGCUUGUCGAAAGCCCUUUGUGAGCAGUUUUCUUUGUUGGAAUCGUCCGCAGCCGGAAAGUGCCUGGCCAUGGUUCAUUGAUUUUAUGACGCACCCAAUUUCCUUAUACUGUCUGGCUCUUGGUAUAUGUGGUGGCCUUGUGAUAGCCAGCUUAUAUUUAGGGGUCAGCCGAUUUCUGGAAGGAUGGCAACCAACUUUCAGCGACCGAUUUCAAGCAUGGGUUAAUACUACCUCGGAGGAAGUGCGGCAUAAACUGGAGAAUCAAAUGAGCGGUCAAACGGAGCAAAUCAAUAACUGGAUCCAAACGACCGAGUUCACGCUAAAUAACCAUACGUUUGGCACCAUGCGAGAUUCGGCCCUUGUGAUCAAUCAAACAUUGACCGAAGUCGUGCAGCACAUCUCCGGUUUCCUUGAAAAUACCCUCGGUAAUACUAUUUUGAAGAAGCCUGCAAGAGACGUUUUGGAUUGCCUGCUUUUGGUUAAAAUUGAAAAUCUCCAAAGUGGAAUUGAAUGGGUGGUUAGUUAACCAUGCUAACAAAAAAAAAUCCACAGACGCACAUUGUUUAAUGAUAUUAUUGCAGGUCACUCAUGGGUAUAUCAAUUUGCCGCGAGUCGCCUCUGCAGACAUGGUCAGCUUGCUUCCCACCACAGAAAAUUCUUGGAUUACCGGCAGCCUUGCCGACGUCCCGAUGACCAUUGACUUGGAAACGACUUUGGCCCGUAAAUUUUCAUCGCACCUGCUUGAUUAUUGGAUUUUGCUUGGCUUAUGGUGUGGCAGCUUACUCAUGGCCAUAUUCUGGCUGCUGCGCUUUCGUUUUCUUUACCGACCGGAAAAAGUGUCCAACAUUAUUCCCAAACAAUAAAUGGAUGAAUCAACUUUAACACACAG